CUGAGGAGGAGGCAAUUGAAGGCUGCUGCAGUGCCCUGGUAGAGCGCUAGCAAGUUGCAACGUGUGUCCAAAAGCUCUCUCUCGGACGACCCCGCCAUCCCGCGCUGCAUUCGCGCCACUGCAGCAAAGCUGAUGGCCCUCCCGCGCUGCCUUGCAAUCCUCGCCGCCGCCCAUGCUUUCCUGCUACCUGCACAGAAAGCGCGCACGUCAUUAAGAAGAGCGACGGGCCCCGUCGUGCUUAUUGGAGAGGACAGCUUCGGCGAGGAGCUGGCCUGUUUGGGGCAAUCCGCAGCCACCGCUCUCAGCGGUCUGAGUGUUGCGGUGCGAGGCAAGGACGAGCUCCGGAACGUCCUGAAAAACGUCGACGCCAACGACGUCGUCCACUGCACGGACUCGGCUCUGACGGGCAAGGACUGGAAUUUACUAGAAAGAGAUGCGUGCCCGAUCUGGGUCCGCUGUGUCAAUGAAUUCGGAAAUGAUGUGGUGAAAGAAAUUUUCCGAAACGGAAAGCGGCGGAAGACGUGUCUGUACGAGGUCGCGGCCUGCGCGCCUUAUUCUGCCGUCUUAUCAAUAGAGGAGCGGGCGAGUUGGGGCGGCGGUGCUUCUAGCAUCAAGAGAAUCGUGGACUUCCACCGGCGCGACCGGUUGUCGGACGACGAGGUCGCCUUGGAGGCGGGCCUGGACACGUUCUUCGUGUCCUUGACGUUCGAGGAUUACGAGCUGCCAGAGACGCGGCAGGUGCUCGCGGAGCUCGCGAAUGAUGCAAGGGUCACGGCGCUGGAGUUUCGGUGUGAUCUCCUGCGAAGCUACAACCCGGGCAAUGUGUUGAAGCAGUUGCAUGCGGCGCGGGAGGCCUGUCAGGCGUCGUGGCGCGGUUCCGAAGCGAGGCUCAUGUUUACGGUCCGGAGCGUGUCGCAAGCGGGCGCGUUUCGCGACGAAGACGUCGACGAGAUGGCGUCGCUGCUCGAGUUGGGUUUAAGGGCCGGCGUCGAUUGGCUCGACGUGGAAACGGAGACUUUAUCGCGGAAGCAACUGAAAAAAUUGAGGCGGAUGGCCGACGAACGGGGCGCUACACUCGUGUUAGGGUCGCACCACCAGCUCGGCGAGACGACGUCGUCGGCACGGGCCGAGGCGUUACUGAACAAGUGCGCGAAGCGAUCGGACGGCGACGCCGUCAAGCUCGUCGUCGACGCGGCGUCCGCCGACGACGCCGCGAGCGCCGCGACCGUGGCGGACGUUGAUUCAAGGCCGCCUCGAGUCGUGUUAGCUCUGGGCGAUGCGGGCAAACUAUCAAGGGUGUUAGGUAGAAGAUUUCUGCCCGCGACGCAUGAAUCCUUACCGUCGACGGCAGCUCCUGGGCAAAUAUCGCCGAACGAAGCCCUUGCCCUCCGACGGGACUGGGGCGUCGUGUCGCCGAAGAAGUACGCUGUUUUAUUGGAGAGCGACUUUGGAUCUCGCUCUCCGGCGAUGCACAAUGCCGCGUUCCGGGCGUGCGGCCUGCCUCAUCAGUAUAGUGUCUUGGAGUUACCUGAUCAAGGUGGUCUCGACGACGUCAACUCCGAGACGUCCCAACAGUUCCGGGACUACCUGGCCUCGCCUUCAUUUGGGGGGUUAUCGGUGACCAUACCUCAUAAGUUGCGGGUCCAGCCGUUUCUAGAUGAAUUGACGGACUCCGCGCGGAAGAUCGGCGCGGUCAACACGAUCACGCCGCGGCCGGCCCUGGUCACGUCGCGGACGACGCUGGGCGGCGCUUCCGUCCUCACGGGCGACAACACGGACUGGAUCGGCAUCUGCGAGUGCAUUUCCAAGGCGCUCCGUAAGAGGUCAGGAGCGACCACGGGGCGUGCAUUAGUGGUAGGGAGCGGCGGGACGGCUCGGGCCGCGUGCUACGCUAUGACAUCUGGAAGACGUGCUAGAGGAGAGAAGCCGUUCUCGCUGCUGGUCUACGCGCGAGACACGAGCAAGGCCGAGGAGCUCGCCAGGGCCUUUGGUGGGAAGGCCGUCGCCGAUUUGGCUUCUGUGACGGUCGACGCGGUCGUGUCCACGAUCCCCGGUGCCGCGAACUUUGAGCUGCCGCCGGCAUGUCUCAAAAACAAGCCCGCGGUCCUCGACGCGGCGUACAAGCCCGCGUCGACGGCGUUGUUGGUGCAGGCCAAGGCCGCGGGCUGCCCCAUGGCCCAGGGCGCGUCGAUGCUCGUGGCCCAGGGCGUCGCGCAGCUCCAGCAGUGGACGGGGCGUGUGGCACCUAUACCGGCGAUGCGCGCGGCGGUCUUCGAGGGCGUCGAGGAGCUGGAGGGGGAUAGUUAAGGUUGAGCGAGAG